AUGUAUCACGGGCUCGAAGAAUUUAAUCUGACUACUACUGGUGGUCGAGUUGCUGAUGUUGGGCUGGGUGGUUAUGCAUUAGGCGGAGGAGUUUCCAACCUCUCGCCUAAAUACGGCCUGGCAGUUGACAAUAUCUUAGAAUAUGAGAUUGUCCUACCAAACGCGGCGAUUGUGCAUGUCAGUGAACAUUGGAAUUCGGACUUAUACUUUGCACUGCGAGGGGGAAUGACUAAUUUCGGGAUCGUGACAUGUUUUACCAUGCGUGCAGUUCCUCAAACAUACAUUCUUGGUGGUGACAAGACAUAUGCCUCGAUCUACAAGAAUCAAAUUGCCAAUGAAGCCUUUGAACUCACCACCACUUGGAAGAAUGACACUGAUAUGGCGUUCUCUUAUGGUUAUAGCUAUGACCAGGCAUCGGAUCAAUUUUCCCUUAGUUUCACACAUGCAUGUGCGCGACCAAUCCUCCACCCAGCUCCAUUCACCAGCCUUGAAACGAUUCCAUUCGAGUCAAGUACGGUACGAAUUGAUCGAAUGAGUGCCCUGAGUCUGGAAGGCGCUUCUCACACCCCAUCGGGGAGUCGUAAUCUAUUUGCCACUAUAACAUAUCACCCGUCUGCACAGAUGGAUGGACGUAUCAUGGAUAUUAUGGCGGAGGAGAGCCGGCCUAUCAAGCAAGUGGCAGGAUUCUUUCCCAACGUUAUUUUCCAACCUCUCUACGAAGGUGUGAUUCGUGCGGGCCAUGAAAGGGGUGGGAAUGCUCUUGGUAUCGAUGCCGAUGGUCCUCUAACCAUCUGCCUUUUGACGGUGAAGUGGAUUAACAGCCAGGAUGACGACGCGGUAAAUGCAUUUGUCCAAAGCUGGAUUGAGCGUGUAAAAGCUGCUACUGUGCAAGCUGAAAGUCAUUACCGCUGGCUCUAUAUAAACUACGCUUAUCAUCAGCAAGAUCCUUUCUCCGGCUAUGGUCAACAUAACAAACAAAGACUGGUUGAGGUGCAAAAGGAUAUUGACCAGCGAGGGGUGUUUACUUCUCGAGGUUUGUGUAGAGGUUACUUCAAAUUGCAGUAG